UCAUCUGCCGUCAAUUCAACAAAAUUUCCCUAUUAAAGAUUUCGAUCGACACUGCAUAAGGGCAGAAACAUGGCGAAUUAUCCGGGGGUGGGAGAAUGACCGUCCCCACGCUCGUUCAUCUAGGACCGUCCUCCUUCAGACGCUCUUCCUCCUACCGUCUACUCCCACGGCACCGCCUCCGUCUCGAGACUCGAACAGCGCUCCUCAAAUGGUACGCCUUCGCUGAGGCCGCCUUGGACAGGACCCAGAGCGCCUUCGCCAACAUCUCCGAGCCUUUGAUCCGUCCCCAGCAGUCGAACGGCGCUGUCGCCAGACUCUUCCUGCUCCCAAGCUCAAACCCUAGCUCGGAGCCGACUGACACCAAGAAGAACAACCAGCUCAAGAGUCCCUCGAACCAGUCGUUGUCCAGUGUAUCCUGGACAGCAAUCCCUCUUACCAGGCCGCUUCGGCGGACCACCCGCCAUCUCAGCCCUCCUCGGCCACAGACCCCAAGUGCCCGUCUCCAUUCAAGGUUCCUGGCUCGGAGAAGUUCCGGAUUAGCGUCGGCCGAAUCUCGGAUUGCCCCGAUCGUAUCUGGCAAUUGGGCUGUUGCCGGCUAGCGCGCCAGGUGCCGCCUGCCAUCCAGCUGCGUCUUGAAUGCAAACAUCGGAUGCGCGUAUUAAAGAACACAUCCUGUU